AUGACCGACAAAACAGAUAGGGCGAAUAUCUCAAUUCGGCCGGAAAAUCUCCAAAGUUUCGAAGGGGAUGUUAUAAUAAUCACAGGUGGCUCUUCGGGCAUUGGACUUGCGACAGCGCAGCUGUUUCUGUCAAGAGGCGCCAAAGUUGUCAACUUGGACCGGGCAACACCCUCUUCCUUUCAGCACGCCAAUUUUGAAACUAUAAUCACUGAUGUCGCAAGUUGGACUUCGCAACUGAAUGCAUUCAAGCAGACAUUGAGCACACACCGCAAACUCGAUGUUGUCUAUGCGAAUGCUGGUAUCGCAGAAGGCGAGAUGGCCCUCGCGGACAAGACUGAUCCCUCAUCGGGGGACCCGAUUGAGCCAGCCUGGAGCACUAUUAAGAUAAACCUAAUCGGACAACUCAUUACAUUGAAGCUGGCCAUCCACUAUCUCAAGGCCAAUCCAAACGGAGGCAGCAUCAUCCUCUGCGCAUCAAGAGGUGGGUACGCAGGUUACGCCAUGCCCGUGUACACAGCCACCAAGCACGGUACCAUAGGACUACUACGGGGCACGUGGCGCCACACCGCACAGUGGAAUAUUACCGUUAACGCUAUCGCUCCCUCUUUCACCUUGACUGGCUUGACCACUGAGUCGAAGAGGCUCUUUGAAGAGGCCAACAUCCGCUGGCAAACAGGAGAUGACGUGGCUCCAGCUGUACUCUACCUUGCGCAAGACAAAAGCCUGAAUGGUCGCUGCAUUUCCAUCUCUCAGGGCAAGUAUCGUGAACUUGAAGGCGCUCUGGAGGAGUUGCGAGCAGAGAUCUAUGGCGUCGAUGAUUUUGAACCGAAGAAUGAGAAGGAAGUAGCCGCCGUGCUUUCGACGCAAGUCACCAUUUGGUGA